AUGUUCUUUACCGUAAAUUACCUUGAUAAGACUCAAUCACAGGGUGAAGAUAUGAAGUCAUUUUGGAGGAAUAUUGAAACCGAAAAAAUAGAGUCAGAAAAUAAUUUAUUGGAGGCGAAGAUAAAGCAAGCUGAAAAUAGUAUUGGAAAGCAUUCAGCAAAUGAUGAAGAAGACAAGAUAAGAACCAUUAUAUUCGAAGAAGAAGAGUCCUCCACCUCGGCCAUGUCCUAUAUCCCAGCCAUUCCAGUAGAGUCUUCUACUUCAAAAGAUCCGGAAAUCGAUACAAAAGAUGAAGACGUAUUUAAUAUGAUGUUACGUGAAACAUAUUUAAAGAUAUGA